AUGGAACUAGGACGUUCCGAAUCAAAUCUAGUUAUUACGGAUGAUAAAAUACCCGAAUGUGAAUCACGGAUUAAAACUUCCAAAAAGUCAAAAAAUACCAACUUAAAGUUACGACUUCCAGAAGCAACCAUUGCAAAGCCAACAUUCACUCAUAUGGCUAUCAAAGUUUUGGUAGAUGAAGGAUAUGUUCGACACGUCGUUUCUCAAAAUGUUGAUGGCUUACAUGUGCGCAGUGGUUUAAGUCGUGAAAAACUUUCGGAGCUACAUGGUAAUUUAUUUAUUGAACAAUGCAUCGCCUGUGAAUACGCUGUUUUCCGGACUUUUGACGUCGCCGAAACAACUUCUCGUUCACACCAUUUUACUGGACGCAUUUGUCCUCAGUGUCGUAAUUUACACCCUGUUGAAAGUACAAUAGCCAGUGAUAUACUAAGAAAAACAGCUGAACAUUUGGCAGUAUCUAGAUACAAGAAAAAUGUAUCAAAUGAAAAUCUUAUGUUGAGUUACCGAUAUGCUGCAAGAAAAUUAGCCAGAUCUUUUGAAGGUGUACGUCUUAAAGCAGUGGAACAUUUACGCAAUACUCAAAAGUCUGAGAUGCCGACGGACUCAGUUCUUACGAAGGCACCUUUGCUAAGAGAUGUUGUUGUACACUUUUUUGAACGACAACCGGAGAUGGGGUUAACAGAAAUAUAUCGCAUUCGAUCAGCAAUCGAAGCUGUACAUGGCCGUAAAGUUCUUCAAGAUGCUGUCAAUGCCACUUCAAAUGACUGUAAAGUUUUGGAUCAUGGAUGCAAACGUUCCCAUGAAGAGUCAAAAAAAUAUCUCAUUGGAUCCCCAUGGUUUAAAAGAAUGCGUCCUGCUAUGAAGAUGGAAUGUCAAGAUUUUUGUAAGACAUCAGAAGCAGUUGGUGUAAAACCUAUCUCUCCGGAUUCUCUGGAUACUCCCGCUAAAUUAAUUGUUGUUGUUGGUUCAUCUUUAACUGUUUUGCGCAAUUAUUCAUUUUUAUGGCCUUAUGGCCUUGGGAGGUGUGGUCAACUAAGUUCAUCGAGCAAACAUAUAAAGAAACCCACAUGUGUUGAUUCUCUUUUAAAAUCGACUUCAAUCCCUGAUACCCCUGGAAAUUGUCGGUUGGUUAUUAUUAAUUUGCAACCAACAUGCAAAGAUGUGGUUGCUGAUUUGGUAAUUCGUGUUCCUUGCGAUGAAUUAUUUCGCGUUAUCAUGUCAGAUCACUUAGAAAUAGAUGUUCCACAAUAUGACCACAGGCAUGAUCCUCUUUAUUCAAUCGGUCUUUCUUUAUCUCCAGAAGAAGAAUGCACACGUACUCGUCCGAACAUCCCAUUUUCUUCCGUAUAA